AUGCUCCAGCAGUUUGUAAGUAUCUCGGAUAUAUCUGUACCAUAUUCUAGCCGAGUACGUGACAGACAGCGAGCCAUAUUGCUGAGCUCGGUGGGCAGCAAGACGUACAGUCUGAUGAGGAACUUAUUGAGUCCUGAUAAACUGGGGGAUAAAUCGUUCACGGAGUUGACGAGCUUGCUUCAGUCACAUUAUAACCCGAAGCCGAGUGCAAUAGUCCAAAGGUUCAAGUUAAAUUCAAGGACUAGAAUGGCCAAUGAAACGGUAACGGAGUAUGUCGCAGUGCUGAGGGAACUGGCACAACACUGUAAUUAUGGGGACAGACUGACAGAAAUGCUACGAGAUAGGCUCGUAUGUGGCAUUGCAGAUGACCGCAUACAACGCAGGUUGUUAGCAGAGCCUGAGUUGUCGUUUGAAAAGGCCUUGAAGUUGGCACAGGCCAUAGAGACGGCGAAUAAAGACAUUUGUGAUUUACAGCCAAGAGCCAUCGAAGGGGUGGGGAGCAGGGGUGCUACCCCACUGCCAGUGCAUAAAGUGGUCGGGGAGCAUAAAUCACCAGGGAAGUCUGGUCAGUAUGCCUGUUACAGGUGUGGCGGAGAACAUCUGGCAAGGAACUGUUGUUUCUUAAAUGAAAAAUGUCAUGCUUGCGGGAAAAAGGGCCAUGUGAAGAAAAUGUUCAUGGUGGUAGCAGGUAAUGGACCAAACCUGUUAGGCCGGGCGUGGCUCAAGGAGCUGGAAAUGGGUUGUCUAUGGCUCCAUAAAGUAGAACAGCAGGGGCUGGCCUUGCAAGAUGUGCUGGAGAACAACGAAGAAGUGAUCAAAGAGGAACUGGGGACCUGGAGGGGUCCACCAGCAAAGAUACAUGUUAAAGAAAAUGCAACGCCAAGAUUUUACAAACCUCGACCCGUACCACAUGCAAUGAAGAAGAAAGUGGAGACUGAGUUGGAGCGACUCACCAAGCAAGGUAUAAUUGAACCAGUGAAGUUUUCAGAAUGGGCGGCACCCAUUGUUCCAGUAUUAAAGCCAGAUAAUACGGUACGCAUAUGUGGUGACUACAAGCUAACAGUGAACCAAGUUUCAAAACUGGAGCAGUAUCCAUUACCCAAGGUGGAGGAUGUAUUUGAAAAGCUGUCGGGAGGUGAAAAGUUUAGUAAACUGGACCUCAGUCAGGCAUAUCAGCAAGUAGUUCUGGAAGAAGGGUCAAAGGCAUAUGUCACCCUUAACACACACAAAGGGCUGUUCCAAGUCAAUCGUUUACCCUUUGGUGUUUCCUCUAGUCCAGCUAUUUUCCAGAGAAUAAUGGAGGGACUGGUGGCAGGAAUUCCGAAGGUGGCUGUGUAUCUGGACGACAUCCUGUUGACGGGGAGGAAUAAUGGCGAGCAUCUGAAGACUUUGAACGAGGUGCUAAGUCGGCUGCGAGAGGCUGGUUUAAGGGUGAAGAGGAGUAAAUGUGCUUUCAUGGUAAAGGAAGCAGAGUUCCUUUGGUACAAGGUGGAUGCCUCGGGCCUACACCCCCUGCCAGACAAGGUAAAAGCCAUCCAAGAGGCACCUGCACCCACAAAUGUUACAGAGCUGAAGGCUUAUUUAGGCUUACUCAACUAUUAUAACAGGUUCCUACCAAAUCUGUCAACGCUGUUAGCUCCUUUACAUAAACUGUUAAGGAAGGAGACCCUGUGGACGUGGCAGGAGGAACAAGAGAAAGCGUUUGAGCAGUCCAAGGAACUAAUGCAGUCUUCAGAGGUUUUGGUGCACUAUGAUAGUCACAAGGACUUAAUUUUGUCAUGUGAUGCCUCACCUUAUGGGUUAGGGGCAGUGUUGGCACACCGUAUGCCAGAUGGACAAGAAAGACCCAUUGGGUUCAUGUCACGAACCUUGACACCAGCACAGUCAAACUAUUCCCAGCUAGACAAAGAGGGUUUGGCUGUAAUGUUUGGAAUUAAGAGGUUCCACAAAUACCUCUAUGGCAGGAAGUUUACGGUGUGCACCGAUCAUAAGCCUUUGUUGUCACUGUUCAACGAAAUGAAGGCCGUGCCUCAGAUGGUUUCCCCCCGAAUUCAGAGAUGGGCUGUAACAUUGAGAGCUUAUGAAUAUGAGAUUGUUUAUAAGCCCGGAAAACACCAUAGCAAUGCGGACGCGCUGAGCCGUCUGCCGCUACCGGGGCCUCCCCAGUGAGAGGAAAGGGAGGACCGGGUGUUGAUGAUGGAGGACAUCACGUUGGUGUCCGCGAAGGAAAUGAGCAAAUGGACACGAAAAGACCCGGUGUUGGCUCGAGUGUUUCAGUGGGUCCAGCAAGGCUGGACAACACAACAACCUGAUCCAGUUUUCCGGCCUUAUGAAGUGAGGAAAACAGAGCUGAGUGUGCAAGAUGGAUGCGUGUUGUGGGGGGCACGAGUGAUAAUUCCGCCCCCUGGAAGACGUGCACUUUUACAACAGCUGCACCAGGGUCAUGUGGGCAUCACCCGAAUGAAGGCCUUAGCACAAAGUUAUUUUUGGUGGCCAAAGUUGGACCACGACAUUGAAGUAGCUGUGAAAGAGUGUAAAACCUGUCAGCAGCAUCGCAACUUACCUGUGGCGGCACCACUACACCCAUGGGAGUGGCCGAGUAGACCUUGGCAGAGACUUCAUAUAGACUAUGCCGGGCCUUUUAUGGGGGCAAUGUUUUUGAUAAUAAUGGAUGCUCAUUCUAAAUGGAUGGAUGCCUACCCAGUCAAAACACCCACUUCCACCACUACCAUUGAAUGCCUGAGAAAGAGUUUCAGCAGCCAGGGAUUACCCGAGACUAUUGUAUCAGAUAAUGCUUCAUGUUUCAUGAGUGAAGAGUUCAAGGGUUUCCUGGAAAAAAAUGGCAUUGUACACGUUACAUCAGCACCGUACCAUGCGGCUUCAAAUGGCUGUGCUGAAAGGGCUGUCCAGACCUUUAAAGCGAUGAUGAAAAAGGCUGGAGAUGGAAGUAUGGCAGCCAAAGUAUCAAGGGUGUUAUUCAACUACCGUAUUACACCCCAGUCUACCACGGGAUUGUCCCCUGCCGAGAUGUUGCAAGGACGGAGAUUAAGAUCCACGUUGGAUCUGGUGCAUCCAAACAUCCGAGCUAAGGUAGAGAGGAUACAGGGGAGGCAAAAAGAACAUCAUGAUCGACGACGAAGAGAGAGAAGUUUCCUGGAGGGAGAUGCAGUGAUGACGCGAAACUUCAGUUAUGGACCUAAAUGGAUUCCAGGGUUUAUUGUCAAGAGCACGGGUCCCCUGUCGUACCAGGUGAGGUUGAAUGGAGGUUUACUGGUGAGGAGACAUGUGGACCAGAUUCUGCGGAGUGUGCAGGAGAAGGACUCCAUGGAACUGCAAGCCCCGGAAAUGCCGUUAAUUCCGGGAGAAGGGCUCGCAGCGGCAGGAGGAUCUCCGAUCGUGGGGGACGAGGGAGACCACCGGGAUUCGGAAGGAGGGGUUCCCAAGGACCCAACUGUUCCAGGGAUGGACACACCGGUACCAGAGAUGGUAACUGUGACACCAGAGUCACCUAGGGUGGUACCAUUGCACCGUUCUAAGCGGGCACUGGUUAAACCUAGUUACUUGAAGGACUAUCAAUGUUAUAAUUGCAUGUCUAGUUUAAAAGAGCAACCUAACUCGAUUGUGGGGUAA